UUGUGCGCGUGCGCUUUUCAAUUCUCCACUGCUCCCUCCGUUUCCGGACGCUAGGAUCGAGCGCACAGCUGCCGCCGAAUUUAAAGAGACAUACACAAUUUGUUUAAAUAAUACGACCAUUGGGGGGAAAAAAAUACAUACAUUGUUUCUCGUUCUCUUCGUGGAUGUCGAUGGGGACACGUUAUUGAUUCUUCCGCUUGAUGGUGUAGUUUUAGUAGGGGUUGAGAGGUCUCUAAACACUUGCGGUCUUGAGCUGGAAGUCUAUACUGGAGUAACUGGGUGGCCGUCCGUAAAGUAGACUGGACUUGUGGGGGGAAGAGAGCUGGGUGGCCCCCCGUACCGAACUGAUUUUUGCACGCCAGAACAACCUGCAAAUACGGAGGGACGGUAACGUUAAAUCAUCGUGGCUUCGGUGGCUGUUGGUGGCGAAGGAAACGCACCAUGGCGAAAAUUCAGGCUCACAGCAGCACUGCGAAGCAAAUCAACCAGAUCCAAGACAAGGCCUAUGUGGUUCAGAAGCAAGUCCAGCAGCAGCACUUUCAGAAACUAAAGGUGGAGGAUGCCUUAUCUUACUUGGACCAAGUCAAAAUACGGUUUGGAAAUGAUCCAGGAAUAUACAAUAAGUUUCUGGAUAUCAUGAAAGAGUUUAAAUCUCAAAGCAUUGACACACCAGGCGUUAUCAACAGAGUUUCUCAGCUCUUCCAUGGGCAUCCUGACCUUGUCCUGGGGUUUAAUGCCUUUUUACCGCCUGGGUAUCGGAUCGAAAUUCCUAAGAAUGGAAUGGCAUUUCUUCAGUCCCCGUUUCCCUCACAGGUCUCUCCAGGACCAGGAAGGAGCACGGGCAGCCCUGUGGUUAGUGCCUCUUCGUCAGUAUUGGCUGAGGCAGGGUCGGCUCAGAAUGAAGCCGUGACCUCUCCUGAGAGCAUCGCUUCAUCGUCUGGACCUCCUGAACAAUCAAGCAGGUUGUCACUUCCUCUGCCCAACAGAGAGAGCCAAUCACAGCCGGCCACCACGUCAGUGUCCCCUCCCACAUCAGAGCCCAGUCCUGUGGAGUUUGACAGCGCCAUCAGUUACGUCAAUAAGAUCAAAAAUCGAUUUUUGGACAACCCAGAAACCUAUCGGUCCUUUCUGGAAAUUCUGCAUACAUACCAGAAGGAGCAGCUGGAGGUGAAGGAGAGCAGAGGCCGUAGCACUGGAGGAAUGACCGAAGAUGAGGUUUUCUCUAAAGUGGCGAGCCUUUUCAAAGGUCAAGAGGAUCUGCUUGCAGAGUUUGGCCAGUUUUUGCCUGAUGCAAAGAGAUCUCUGUUCACUGGAGGUUCUUUGACUGGCAAAGACCAUUUGAAGAAAGCAGAUGAAGAGGAAAUGAAUAAACAGACCAAGAAGAGACCUAGACCCAUGCUGUUGCCCCACAUGACGCCACUUCUGAAGAAAAAAAUGAAAUAUUCCUGUUCCAAGGACCCGUCUUUUGCUUCUGUAGGAAAACACGGAGUCCUGCGGGAAUUCACAUUCUUUGAUAAGGUUCGUCGUCUCCUCAAGAGUCAGGAGGUGUAUGAGAAUUUCUUACGCUGCAUAGCCCUGUUCAAUCAAGAAGUGGUUUCAGGGGCUGAACUCCUGCAGCUUGUAACUCCAUUCUUGGGGAAGUUUCCAGAACUGUACACCCAGUUUAAGUCAUUUUUGGGUGAUAAAGAGCUGUCUCAUGCCAUCUCGGGCCUCUCUGACCGCUACAUGGAGGGUGGAGGCAGAGAAGUGGAUUACGCCUCCUGUAAACGCCUGGGUUCCAGUUACAGAGCCCUUCCCAAGACCUACCAGCAGCCCAAAUGCAGUGGUCGAACUGCUAUAUGCAAAGAGGUGCUGAAUGAUACCUGGGUCUCAUUCCCUUCCUGGUCUGAAGACUCCACUUUUGUGAGUUCCAAGAAAACACCAUAUGAAGAGCAACUUCAUCGCUGUGAGGAUGAGAGAUUUGAGCUGGAUGUUGUGCUUGAGACUAAUUUGGCAACGAUAAGAGUUUUGGAAAGCGUGCAGAAGAAGCUAUCGCGCCUUUCGCCGGAGGAUCAAGAGCGUUUCCGAUUGGACGACUGCCUGGGUGGAACUUCUGAGGUCAUACAGCGGCGUGCAGUCUAUCGUAUCUACGGCGACAAGGCUCCAGAGAUCAUAGAAGGGUUGAAGAGGAGUCCAGCCACUGCAGUUCCUGUUGUACUUAAAAGAUUGAAAGCUAAAGAGGAGGAGUGGAGGGAGGCUCAGCAGGGUUUCAACAAAAUCUGGAGAGAGCAAUACGAGAAGGCGUAUCUGAAAUCACUGGACCACCAGGGUGUCAACUUCAAACAGAACGACAUGAAGGCCCUCCGAUCCAAGAGUCUUCUCAAUGAAAUAGAGAGCAUCUAUGAUGAGCGGCAGGAGCAGAGCACAGAGGAGGGCGGUGUGGGCCAGCAAGGUCGUGACGGCUCGGGCACAGGUUCGACCAGUGAGCCCCACAUGAUCUUCACUUACGAAGACAAACAGAUCCUGGAAGACGCUGCCUCCCUCAUCAUCUACCACGUCAAGCGGCAGCCCACCAUCCACAAGGAUGACAAGGAUCACAUCAAGCGCAUCAUCCAGCACUUCGUCCCCGAUCUCUUUUUUGCCCGUCGUGGAGAGCUUAGCGAGACGGAAGAGUUUACAGACGAGGAGGCAGAGGGUGAGGACGGCUCCGCCGCAGGAGGUGGAGUCUCAACGACAGGCGGCCAACAACAGUUGAAUGGCGAUUCCAGAAGAAGACGAUGCACUUCCCCUCAGAGCAUGGACACCUCUACGGCCUCCCACAGCAUGAAUCCAGAAGGGGAGGCUGUAGAUCUGCGAGACCCAGAAGCUGAGCACCAGAAGGAGCUGGAUGGAGUCUACAACCUGUUCUUCGUCAAUAAUAACUGGUACUUCUUCCUGAGGCUGCACCAGACUCUCUGCUCGCGGCUGCUGAGGGUUUACAGGCAGGCUGAGAGACAGUUACUGGAACACAGGGCGGAGCAGAAUCGGGAACGGCUGCUCAUGGGAGAGGGGCGCAGAGAAAAGGCAAAUGACCUGGCCAUGGAGCUGCGUCUAAAACAGCCAAGUGAGGUGGAGUUAGAGGAAUAUUACCCAGCAUUCUUAGACAUGGUACGCAGUCUACUGGAUGGAAACCUGGAGUCCACGCAGUAUGAGGACACCCUGAGGGAGAUGUUCACCAUCCACGCUUACAUCGGCUUCACCAUCGACAAGCUUAUUCAGAACAUCGUAAGACAGCUUCAACACCUGGUCAGUGAUGAGGUAUGUCUGCAAGUCACUGAGCUGUACCUGGCUGAGAGGAAGAGGGGAGCCGCUGGUGGGAAUCUCUCAUCCCAGUGUGUCCGUGCCGCUUGGGAGGCCAGUUACCAAUGGAAAGCAGAGAGAGUCAUGGCUGAAGAGAACUGCUUCAAGGUCAUGUUUAUUCAAAACAAAGGUCAGGUAACCUUAACGAUUGAGCUGCUGGACACGGAGGAGGCCCAGGGCGAUGACCCGUUGGAUGUUCAGAGCCUGUCUAAUUACAUGGAGCAGUAUAUAGGGACGGAGUCUGUGUGCUCUCAGGCAGAAGGCUACUACUUCAAGCCUGUGUUUCUACCCAGGAAUCUGAGGCAUUUCCGCGGCUGGCAGCUCAAGCAGGUGGAAGCCAUGCGCUGCCGGAGAGAGUGGCAUCGGAAGAUGGGUGUGGAGACAGCCGGGAACCUGGACUGCCGUUUCAAACUCAACACGCACAAGAUGGUGUUUGUGAUGAACUCCGAAGACUACAUGUACCGCCGAGGAGCCCUGGUGAAGGCUCGGAGGUCCCAGCACAGAGUAGCACGGGCCCAACAUGAGCGCUUUGAGCAGUGGCACCGGGGCUGGUUGAGCGAGCACGUGUCCCCUGCCGCCGAGCGCAGCGUGCAGGACUGGCUCAUGGGAGAAGAAGAUGAGGACAUGAUCCCCUGCAAGACCACCUGCGUGUCCAUGCAGGUCAAAGGCUUACAUGUCAACAGGUACCAGGUGCACUACAACAGCAAGGCCCCCGCCUCACCGUAACAACCUCAAGCUUUGGGAUGGAUUUUUGUGAUCUCUUUGUCUCUUUCUCACUCACUCAUGCUCAUGGCUGAGAUUAAACAUGCUCGGCUGAAACACAACAAACAGACAGGAGUGCUUUAAGGAGGACAGACAGCUGCUCAAAGGAGGGAAUGCCUAAUUGAAAAGCAUCACAUGUCGACACUAGUCCAUCAUGAUCAAUGCCGUUACCAGACGUUUCAGAAAUGUGAAUGUCAAAAACUUUUCUUUUUUUUUUUUUUAAGAAAGUCCAUUGUAGUUUUUAGCUCCUGAAACCAGAGUUUUGUUUUGUUUAUACUGAAGUAUUGAAAGACUAGGUUUAAAGUAUGUCUACAACAUCUGUAUGUCUUUUUGUACAGUACAGUCGACUCAAGAGUUUGAGCAGUUGCAUAUAUACAGCAGAAAGAUUAUUCUGUGUGCAUUUUCUUGGCUAUGAAUGAUGACUUGGAAGAAUUAUGUUUCUCUGGCGCACACUGGCAUCUUAUCCGUAACGUCCUCGUUUUAGUUCUCUGUUUUGUGUUCUUUGUUAUCAUCGUCUCUUAUAACUGAUCAGAGGAUUGCCAGUGUCGCCCGUCAAUCGCUGCUCAUGAUUUAUAGUCGAUUUUGUUAAACAUCCAGAUCAUGUAUCAUAUCGAUCUCGCCAAAUCCUUGCUUUUGUUUGGUGUAAUUUUUACAUAUUAAAACAGAAAAAUGACAAAAUAUCAGUGUUUUGAAAAAAAAAAAAGAAAAAAAAAAAAGAAUGUAUAACAUUUAUCCUGUAUCAGUUAUCACAAAAUAAACAACCUAGUUGUGCAGUUCUUAAAGAACGGGUUAUGAUUCUUGCUGAAUUCUCACCUUUGCAUUAGUAAACUGUACAUUUGGUAUAGACUGCCACAUUAUCCAAUCUAAUGUAUUUUUUUUUUUUUUUUUUUUUUUUUUGGUAACAUUUUAUUUUAAGGUGACGCAGUUACAUGUCACUAUAUGUACUUACUAUAGUAAUAACAGUAAAUUAUGCAUAAUACGUAACCCCAAACCAAACCCUAACCGUAACUCUAUAGUAAGUACAUAUAGUUAGUUAAUAUUACUAGUACCUAUUUGAAUAAGUACAAUGUAACUGUCACCUUAAAAUAAAGUGUAACCAUUUUUUUUGGUGUUACUUUUUAAUAGUAGAUACUAUUCUAUAGAUACUCUAUAUUCUAUAGAUACUAUGGUGGGAAAACCAGCUUUUUUAUGUACAUAUAAGUUGCUUUGACAGGGAGAAGAUCUUCUGUGAAAUAUCAACCAAAGAAAGUUGAACAAGGUGUCUGGGUCAUAUUUCACCUCAUUUUGACAUUAUUUUUAUGACAUUUAAGUACUUUUUUUUUUUUUUUUUUUUUUUUUUUUUUUUCCCCUCCUUCAUAAUUUUGGUCGCACUUUAUUUUGUUACCCUUGUUACAGAGUUAUUAUACAAAUAAAUACUGAGUAAUAUUAAUUAACAACAUGUACUUGCUCUAUAAUUAGGGUUAGGGUUUAGUUGCUUGUAAUUAUGCAUAAUUUACUGUGAUUACUAUAGUAAGUACAUGUAAGAUAUGUAACAAAGACAUUGUAAAAUUAAAAUUAUGGUAACACUUUAUAUGUAUAUCAUUAAAAUAAUUUAUAUUCUUUUUAAAAUAAAAAACAAUAUAAAUGAAAUAUGGUACAACAAAUACUAGUUUGAUGCAUACAUUUAAUUUAAAUCUUUAAAUCACAGGAAUUUAAAUGGGUUUUUUUUAAGAAUUGAAAAUGUCACAAUGCUAGAUGGUCCUCAGUAAGCUUCAUUUUAUUAGAAGUUCAAGCGCUGAAACCCUAUUGUAAUUUUAAGAAUUUUUAUUAUUUUUCUUCCACCGUAAAACUGAUUGUGCAGACCAAACCGUAAGGCCUAGAGACUUGAAACUUGGCCAGAAGAUAGGUCUCAAUUUGGGGAGAGACUGACAAGGUAUGACCCCAAUUGGCCAAUAGGUGGCGCUACAGCAAUCAAACGUGAAACUGCUCAUAACUCCUAGACCGUUUGUCAUAGACUCAAGUUCCUUAUAUCGUUGGAAUCCAAGACGAAACGUACCUCCGAUGUCAUCUGCGCUUGGAAAAAUUUUAGCCAUUUUGAAUUUUGUCCACAACCUACUUUUGCAAACUAGUCCUAGGUUUUUUGCCCGAUCAGAACCAAACCAGUGCAGAAAUGUUCUCUGGAGACUGAAUAUCAAAAGUUAUCAAAAAAAAGUUGCAAUUUUGAUUGAUGGCCGCUAAGGGGCGCCAAAACUUCGAAAUGGGCAGGGCCACUUUUACUAAAAUGGCUAUAAUUCUGGAACGAAGAGAUUUCCAAUCUCUGAAUACUUGUCUGUGGGCUCAAUCUGUGGUCACAGUAAAAAAAAAAAAUCGCGCCGAUUGGACAUUUGGUGGCACUAUAACAUGAAACAAAAACAUGAAAACAGCUAUAACCACGCAACCGUUAGUCCGAUUGACUUGAAAAUUGACAUGCAGUGAAGUUUGAGCUCCUAUUAGACGAGGUUAACGGCGCCAGCGCCACCUAGUGGUAAAAUAAAAUUUUCAAAUGCUUAUAACUUUGGGUGUGGUAGACUUAUUUUCAUGUCCUUAGACUCCUGAAUCCUUGUCAAGUCCAACGAUACCAAACAUGCUACACGGCUUAUGGUUUGUGCAAUGUUGUGAUUUAGCACUUAAAAAACUUUUUCGAAUAUCUUAGAAACCGUUAAUCCGAUCGAGACGAAACCACCAUUGGAAACACGGAACCAUAGUUCGUUAACUAAACUCUAAUGCCCAAAUGUCAAAAUUAAAAAAAAAAAAAAUCCAAAA